AUGUCCUAUGUCUUCAUACAUGCCCUCAAUCUCUCACCGCUUCUUUCUCGCAUACUCGCAGCAGCUGGGAGUGUUGACUAUCUAGUUUUUUCCUGCCUUGCCUACUUCGUGAUCGAGCGUUAUGGGCGCCGGAAAGUGAUGAUGUCUUCCUCUCUGGCCUGCUCAAUAUGUUUCAUAGCCAUCACUAUCUCCCUGUCCCUAUUAGAAAACGGGCAUGGAGAUAAGUACAAACUUGGAAUAGUGGCUGUGUCGUUUUUCUUUGCUUUCUUUGCAGGCUUCGGUAUGGGAGUACUCGGUGUCCCAUGGCUAUACCCAACGGAGAUAAAUGCCCUGGAAAUGAGGACUAAAGGGGCGUCCCUGGCUAUGGCUACAAACUGGAUUAUGGUAAAGCCACAAUUUCUCAUCCCCAAUGGUUUAUGUUCAUCCUAA